AUGAUGAAAACAUCAAGUGUCCGACAGAAUUUCGCCAAAGAAUGUGAAGAUGCCAUCAAUAAACAAAUCAAUGUGGAACUACAGGCUGCUUAUGAUUAUAUGGCAUUCUUCACUUAUUUCGAUCGAGAUGAUGUGUCAUUUCCGAAAGCAGCUGAAUUCUUUCGAAAAGCUUCACAUGAAGAACGUGAACAUGCAGAGAAAUUGGCCAAAUAUCAGAACAAACGUGGUGGUCGAAUAGAAUUUAUGGAUUUAAGAGCAGUUCAGAAAAUUGAAUUAAAUGAUCUUGAAGAAGCAUUUGAAAUUGCUCUAAAUUCUGAAAAGUCGAUUUAUCAGUGCCUACUGGAAUUACAUAAUGUAGCUGAAGAACACAAUGAUCCAGGGUUAUGUGAAUUUAUUGAAUCUGAAUGCUUAGAAACUAAAGAACAAUUCAUUAAAAUAAUUGCUGAUUAUUUAACACAAAUUCAACGUGUUGGAAAACAACUUGGUGAAUAUUUAUUUGACCAAUUAACAUUGAAAGAAUAA